AUGUUAGCGGAGUUGCAUCGUUGCCCGAGCUUGUUCCACACAACAGAUAGUCAAUGGUCUGUUAUGGUGAAAAUAAAUGAAUCGGCUGAACGGCUCAGUGUUUACGUGGCGGCAGGUGACGGGGAUUGCUACAAGGAUGAGUUUGACGAGGUGAGUCUUUUAAAGGCAAAAACUUUUCUCGGCGAGCAAGUCAGCUGGGCUUACUUUUUCAAUGUUAUGCAAGAAGCCUUUGACCACGCAAAUGUUACUGUCAAGGCGGCGACGGACACCGCUGUUGAGGUGUUGUGUCAUGCCGCCAUCGGUGAUCCGGAAAAGUGCAGCAUUUGCCUGAAGGUGGGCAAGACAGAUGAGGACCUUUUUCCGGUGAUUGUGAAGAGUCUGGUGGAUGUUUACCACAUCCAGCUGUACUCUAGAGAGAAGGAACGCCAACUGGAGGAGGUGGCGGCGGAGGCAACACAGGCUCGGAUGCAAGUGGAGCACCUCGAAAAGGAGAUCCGUGUACUGAAGGAAAGUAAUGUACGAAAAAAGAAACAAGACGUCUACAAUAUCCAACGGAUAGAGGAAUUGCGUGCGAAGAUUGCAGAAGCAGAGGAGGAGGCUUGGAGAGCAAGUAGCACGAAAGAGCGUGUAAAAAUCCACAGCAAGAGCGAUCAUAGCAAGACAGUUCCUGUUAACAAGGGCCGCAUUCGACAGCCUCUGGGGGAUGCUGAAUGCAAACAAUACGAGGUUGAACUCCUGCGUCUCAUCAAGAGCCGCUGGUGUACUGACGAUAACACGGACCCGAAUGCAGUAUACAACUGCGUAAUUGUACCUUUCACUCCAGAAGAGCUUUCACAACGGACACGAAAUUUCACCAAUAAGAGAUGGGAGGUGGUAUGGAAAUCCCUCGAUAGAUUGGACGAGUGGGACUACAAUGUAUUUGAGAUUCAGACAGCUAUGUGUGGAGAUGAUUACUCAUCCUUGCAGAAUCAGCCAAAUGGCGGUUCUCUCUUUGUGACCAUGUACGCGCUUCUGAUAAAGUAUGCAUUCCUCGUCAAGUUUAACAUUGACGAGCAGAUCGCCUUAAACUGGAUCAGCAACGUUGAAGCUGGCUACCACGGCAACCCAUACCACAACUCCAUGCACGCUGCAGAUGUGCUACACAUUACGCAUUAUAUACUGAACAAAGGAGGAAUGAUAAAUCGGUGCCAGUUGUCCGAUAGACAGGUGUUUGCCGCUCUCUUUGCUGCAGCUAUUCACGACUAUAAUCAUCCUGGUGUUAAUAACAACUUUCACAUCAAGACACAGUCCUAUAGUGCAACGCUUUAUAACGAUCGUAGUGUGUUGGAAAAUAUGCAUAUUGCUAGCGUUUUUGAACUUAUGAAGACCCCAAACUUCAAUAUACUUUCUAGUUUUUCAGAGGAGCAUCGAAGAGAAAUUCGGGAUACAAUUAUUGAGAUGGUGCUUGCGACGGAUAUGGGUUUACAUGGAAAGUAUGUGGCACAGUUUAAGCGACGGCUGGGGGAGCACGCUGCCUUUACGGACCGUGAUGACCAAAAUCUGGCCCUAGCCAUUGCGUUAAAGAUGGCUGACAUCUCAAACUGCGGGAGGCCACUCGACAUUUACCUCCGAUGGAGCUCAAAGGUGUCUGAUGAGUUCUACAUGCAGGGUGACCGGGAACGUAAUAUCGGUAUGCCAUGUAGCCCAUUCAUGAACCGUCUGGAGCCUGCUCUUGCCAAGGGGCAGAUUUCCUUUAUGAACUACAUUAUUGUACCGUUCUUUGAGAUGGUGGCAGAGUUGGUACCCAACAUGCGUUUUGCUGUAGAGUGCGCCGAAUCCUGCAAGGCGUACUGGAUGCAGAAUGGGCGGGAGUGA